UCUCUCUUCUCUUCUCAGGCGUGGAAUUUGGCUUUCAUUACAGUCUCUCUCUUUCACUCCGUCUUUCCCUCUCUAAAAACCAUCAUCAAUGUUCCAUGCCUUCUUUUCCUUUCUCUCUCCUUCUCUCUUCUUAAAACCUUGCAUUUUCUGAAAUACCCAUCCCAGACUCCUCUGUUUUAUAGGAGAGGCGAAUCUCUUUGUCUCUUCGCACAAUCAUGCCUUGUUACUUCCCUUAAUCUCUCUUUCUCUCUCUCUACCCUCUCAAUCUCGGACCUCUCUGAGUCCACUUGAGCUUUUGCAGUACGAUUCGAAGUUUGAACCACACAACAAAGGUCCAAGUAAUUGAGAACCCUCAAAAUCCCCUGUUUCUCUCUGUUCUCUUUCAUCCUCAUACCAUAGCUCCUUUUAAAAGUAAAAGAAAUCGAACCAAUGGACAGGUGGGAUAAAUCACAACGAGAUCGCUACCGAAGGCAUUACAAGGAGAACCCUUCUUUCUCUUCUACUCUUCUCGACGCCAUUUAUCGAUCUAUUGAUGAAGGAGAAACAGAGGGGAGAGAAAACCAGCUUGUGCUCUACAGAGAAACCAUGAAGAAGCAGAACCAGAGCAACUUCUUCGAUAAUAAUCAUGGUGACGAAGCUAAAGCACCGACCUCUCGUCGAUCUCGAAAGGUAGAAAACUGGAUGGACGCAAGGGUAUGCGAGAAAGUUGAUGUUCGAAGAAAUUCAAUACAUUCUAGCUCAAGCUCCACAGAUUCCAGUUCAAAUGGCGGGUUUUCUUCUUCAGAGUCAUCAUCAGAGUUAUUCAAUAGCGUCCAGAGGCUGAAGCCAAUUCGAACCAGUGUUGCUCUUCCUCAAAAACCAAACCUUGAUUCUCUAAACGCACCCAGGAACUAUUCUGAUCAUACCCAGAAGCCAAAGCCGGAAAAUGGCUUCGAGAAGAAGGCGAAAUCGAAAGCCCUGAGACGAAUCCUAUACGGAGACUUGAAGAAAUCGAAACAACCUAUUUCACCAGGUGCUAAACUCGCUAGCUUUCUGAAUUCUCUCUUCAAUUCUGGUGGUGGAAACAACAAUGCCAAAAAGAAACCAAAGGUGGUGUCGUCAAACACUCUGACGCAACCUUCAACUUGUUCUUCAGCAUCUUCGUUCUCGAGGUCUUGUUUGAGCAAAACCCCAUCGUCAUCAAGAUCAACAGCUAAGGGCAACAGGUCUGUGAGAUUCUGCCCAGUUAGUGUUAUAGUUGAUGAAGAUUGCAGGCCAUGUGGGCACAAGAAUCUUUACGAAGGAGAAAAGGGUAUCGAGAAGUUCAGCUAUAUCAGCAAGAACAGUAAUAAUAAAGAGGAGCUAAGGUUACAUGUGAUGCAGGAGAGUCGAAGAGUGGAGGAGUACGCCAGAGAUUUGUUGAGGAAUUAUCAGAAGAAGAACCAAGAUAUUAACAAGUUUGAAAUGAUGCAUUAUGAAGAAGAAGAUGUUGAUGAUGCAGCAAGCUGUUCAAGUUCUGAUCUUUUUGAAUUGGAAAAUCUUUCAGGAAUUGGGAAUAUUGAAAGGUAUAGAGAAGAAUUGCCAGUGUAUGAAACUACCCAUUUCAAUACCAGUCGAGCCAUUGCCAACAAUGGCUUCGUGCUGUAAUAUUCCUGCUGUCAAAAAUAUAGUUACAGUUGGGGGGGGGGUUACAUUAGAGAAUAAGAUUAAGAUAUUUCUUUUGGUUUUGUUAGUCAUAUAAUCUUGUUUUCUUCUUUCUAGUUCAUCUAUUAUAUGUAUGUCUCUUUUGUUGUUAAUAUUAGAGAAGAAGCUCUCAACAA